AUGGAGCAGGCUCAAAAAAGAAAUAAGUCUUUAUUUCAUACUAUUGUAUCGGAGGCAGGGUUAAAGUUGGAAGGUCAUGUUGAGGGUGUACACGAAUUAGUGGUUGAACCAUCUAUAUUUCGAUUCAAUCUUAUUCAAAAAAUUAAGAGUCAUCCACAAUAUCCUGAUAAAGCAAUCGAUACGUUUCUUAAUGCAUUGCAAGAGUAUUUGGCCUUAGACGAUGAAAAGUUUAAAGCAUGCCUGCAACCACUCUCUGUGAAUGGAAAAUCAAUAUAUGAUUCUACAUUCGAUAGUUUGAUUCGUAUUUUAUUGAGCAUCGAUUUUUUUCAAACAACCCUAAUUGAUCAGUUGUUAGAAAGAUUACCAACGUUCAUUUCAGAAUCUGAUCAUGAUAUUAUUGAAUCGCCUAUCCCACAAUUAAUUUUAAAGCAAUUGAAAUGGUUAGAUAAUAUCGUAAAUCCACCGCAAUUAACAGAAAAAAUAUUAGAGGCAUGCAUUCAAAAGGAAAUUAUAACAAGUCUCCCUGACAUUAUAAUUGAUUCUGAACAAAAGGCAGUCAUUAAGGAAUUAAUAAAGUUGAUUGAUAAUGACUACCGACUAAUCGUUCCCAUACUUGAUGCACUACCUCAUUUCACUCUUCAAGAAGAUCUGAUGUGUAAUGUUCAAAAAACAGUUUUCGAUCGGCUUGAAUCCGCAGAUUUGGAUGAUUUGGCCGUUGUCGUAAAGUUCUUAUUGCAAACGUCCAUUCCGGAUGAUGCAUACAAUGUAGUACAGCAGAUCAGAGAAAAAGUUGAUUUCCAUUCAAUAGGCAAGCUACAAGGUGAAGCAUUGAAUUCAAAGAAGCAUCAAAAGAAGAAAAAAGAACAAAUUCCUGAAGCUUUGAUACUAGACUCGAUUAAAUUGGGUAUCGAUAUCCACAAGUUUGUUAAAGAUGCAUGGUUAAAAGCAAUCAAUGAUGUUAAUACAACGAACAAUCAUAAAAUAAUUGAUAUAUUGAUUUUAUUGAUUUUACACUCUAUUCCAAGCACAAAGAAAAAAGUUGAAACAAUCUUUCAUAAAAAGAUUGUGAGUGGGUUGUUUACACCAGAUCUUUUAGAAAAGACAAUCAAACAUCACUUUGAAGGUUUACGAGACUACUUUAGUGAUAUCCUUUUAUUGUCAGAGUGUCUUCUUCGGUCAAGUCAGCAACAAACUACAGUGUCACGUGCGGCAUGUACUUUGUAUCACAGUGCGUUUAUGGUAUUCGAGCCAUACCAACAGCAAGAAAUUGUAGCAUCAUUGGUAACUCAUAUUGGAUGUGGCUCGCCUAUUGAAAUUGAAUCAGCACUUUCAGUGCUAUCACAUUUAGUUAGAACGGAUAUAAAAAAAAUGAGUCGUUUUGCAAUUUUUGUAAAAGGACUUUUAGAUUACUUGGAUAACCUUAAUAUAGAUCAGAUUCGACUCUUGUUCGAUGUGAUUAGCAAAUUAGUUUACGAGGAUUCAAACUAUGAUGGUUCAAAUGGCGGUUUACUUGCUGAAUUCUCAAUUGUCAUUCAGAAACAGUUGUCUAAUCCUAACGAGAAGUAUAAACAGAUAGGUGUUAUAGGUGCGCUUGCUUUAGUGCAAACAUUGGGUUCUACUCAGAAUGCAGAAAAUCCUAAUCACGAAAAAAUGAUAAAUACCGCUAUAGAAAGCUUCUCGAAGAUUGAACGUUAUUGUGCGCGCUCAAUGACAUGUCUUGCAUUUGCGUAUGAUGAGCUUGCGUGGUUCAUAUCUAACGGAAUUCUGGAGCGUAGUUUGGUUGAUUGGAUUUAUGACAAGGUGGAGAACAUGUUUUCAGAUACUUAUAUAAUAGACAAUGAUGACUUGGCAAAAUUAAAAGAGGAUCAUUACUAUUUGAAAGGAAUGCCAAUAGAAAUUUGGUUUGAGGCCGAAUGUGAUACUGAUGAUUUACCAAAAUUUAACGUUUACCCUAUGUUGUGCGAGCCUCAUGUUUCGCAGGAAUUACGCAUGCAACAUCUGUUCAAGCGAGAUCAUGUAAUAUGUUGCUGCUCGAUGUUGAGAUUAGUACAAGCUUGUCUAAAAGUAAAAGAGGGAAGCAUGACAGAAAUCGGUGCUUUGUUAAGCACUGGAUUGCUCAUGUACGAAAAAGUUGACAUUGAUCGUAUGAAGUCAGACGAUUAUUCUAAAUUAAUGCGUGAGACAGCAUGCGAUGCAUUAUUUUAUUCUAUAAAUUGGUGUCGGGAACUCGUUAAUGACUUCUGGGGCACCGAUGUAGACAAUCAUAGGAACGUCGUGGCGAAAUUACGACAUGUUAUCGAGCUUGAAAAGCUAUUAAACGAUUUAUUGGAAAUAACGCCCUCUUUUCAACCUUUUGGAUUCGUAACUCAUACCCCAACUAAAAACGCGAAAUCAAAUGCUGUAUCUGUCGUAGUUGGAUCAAUGCCAAGAAAUUUUAUCAAAACUGGAUCAACAGUUCGACGUUCUGGCAUUAGUAAAAGCAAGAUUAUAAGUGCACGUAGGCCUGAUGUAGAAAAAGAUGAGGAGCAAGGCAAGGGCACUAGUGAUUCUAGUAAUUGUACACCUAAGUUUGCUUCAGUUUCCGACUUACGGCCACUGAUGCGUGAGCUGGCUUUACCAGUGUUUGGCAUGCUUAAAUUUGGAAAUUUCAAAAAAUCUAAGAAUGAUAACGAUAAAGAGUCUACUAAAAUGGUAGAUGAUGCGGAUGAAGGUCAAUUACGUCCUGCAGAGGUAGUUUAUCUUCUUGAAGAUCUUAAGCAUAAAGUUGAUUUCAAACUUUCACCACCAGCAUCGAACGUUCCUUUUUUUGCAAAGAAAACGAAAAAAACAGAAUCUGGAAACCAUUCUGAUGAGUUUGCCUUGAUAGCCCGUCAGACUUCUUUAGACGUUGUUAAGCAAGUGUCUCUUAACUUUGUUCCGCAUUUAUUGCGGCAUUUGGACUCAAUAUGUGAAGAAUUAAACUCUACAGAUGAUUAUUUAAUCGAUGAUGAUGUAGAAGAUGCAUUACAACGUUGCCUACAAUUAAUACUUGAGAUUAUUCAUAGAUUACUUUGUUGGACCGAAUUGAAAAGCAUAGAUAAUAAAGAAACGUUGGUUACUGUGUUAAAACAGCUAUGUCCAAAGGCCUUGUCUUCAGCACCUAAGCUUACAUUGGUACAUUUUGAACUUCUUCAACAAUCUGCCAAUGAAGCAUUUCAAUACUUACACGGCUUUGUAUCAAGACUUUCAACUGCCAACUUGGCAAUAUUGUUGCACAAAAUCCUUAAAAUAAUAUCUGAAUUCGCUCCGAAUUCGAGUGAACUCUUUGCAAAAUCUGGAGAUGUAGCACGAAAUUUUGUAUCACGUACAUGGGAUGAUAUUAACAAAUUGGAUUCUGAAUCCAUUAUAUAUCUAUUGCGAAAUGAUAUCAGACAUUCGUCAAACUCAAUAGAUAGAAUAAAAUUUUAUGCAAUUGAUGUCCUUCCUUCCUUAGAUUCACGGGAUGAUAACAUUACAGAGUCAUAUCCAUUACUUAAUAGAAAUACGUUCCCGCAUUUUUACAAAGCACUGUUUAUAGAGCUUGUUGAAGUACUUCAAGAAUUCAGAUCAGAGAAUUUUAACACUACAGAUGAGACUUUGGCACACAUUUCCAAUACGGUUGAAUGUUUACAGAAGUUGGUUUCAUUUAUAAGGAUCAAUCAUAAGCGUAACGUUUUAUCAGUAACAUUAAAAUAUGGGCGUAGUUUUAUUGAUACUUUUAUUAAGCAAAUGUUGCCGUUGAUGGAUAAACAUUUCAAUUCAUAUCGUGAUGAGGUUUUAAACAUUUUUAAGAUAUUCCAAAUGUCCACACGGAAUCUCCAAGCACUUUGCAAUCAUGUAAAGGUUAACAAAGAAUCUCAGUUGUCAGCGAUGGUACCACUUGUAAAAAAGUCAUUAGAGAUUGUAAUUUUCCAAGUUAAAGCUUUAAUUCAGCAUAACGGGCUGCCAUUGUCAACAUUCUUUUUAGGAGAACUUAAACAUCGCGACAUUGAUGGACGUGAAGUCGAUUCUGAUGACCAAAGGGAUGAUAGAUCGCAAAGAGAUGAUAUAAAUUCCCUUUAUCGUCGUUAUCUUUUGAAUCAAGAUGUAGAAGAAGCCUGUUCUUCUAAACGCAAGCGAUCUACUCAUGAUGAUGGAC